AUGGACAGACGUAUUAAGAUCGGCGGAAUCGUUGCUGCUGGUGCAGCAGCUGCUUAUUUCUUUAUGGGUCGCCAUAAACAGCCAGCAAACCAAUUGGAGCAGAAAAAUGCAGACUUCAUGAAUGCCAUUGAAAGAGAAGGCCGUCGUUUUGAUCGUGCGGUAGGUGACACUGCAGACAAGGCUAAGUCAUUCGUACACGAUAGCAAAGACAAGGUUGUGGAUCAAUUAGAAAAGCCUCGUGAAGAUGCGCAGGAAUUGCAAGGAGAAAUGAAGACAAAAACAAACGACGUUGUACACUCUCCCAAUAAAAAAGAUCAAUCCAAAUGGUUUUAA